AUGCCCAUUUUCCGUCGGGAAACCUCCGUAUCGGUUGCUACUGAGGAUGUUUCAGCUGCCAAUGGCGAUAAUGGUGGCUUGGUGACCAGGUUUCUUGUUUUGGGGGGGCUUGUCCUGGCAGCGGUGAUAGCGACCAAGAAGUGGUUCUAUCCAUACACCAUUGGUGAUUUGGAAAGUCAAGUGAAGUCCAUCGAUAUGCUUAUCACGGAUAAUAUGAGCCUGAAAUGGAAUUUACUUGGAGAUUCUGCACCUAGUUUUAGACGGAAACUAGAGAGAGUUAACGACGAAGUACGGCUAGUCAAGACGAACAUGUACGCAGAGCCAGACAAAGCGAAAAUCGUGGUCUGGAUGGGUUACCAAUGGUCUCAACUGCGCGAUAUCAAGGCGUGCUAUAUGAGAUUGCGGGAGUUGCAGUUGGAUGUGACGGUGGGUGGGCACGAUCCUGAACUGAGGUAG